CGGGGGACGAGACGGAGCAGGAGAGUGGCAGGAGACGCUGCUGGUGCUGGUGGUGCUGCUGGUGCUCGAUUCUCAUCCUCGUGUCUCGAUUCCCAUGAAGCUCAGCGGAUUUGAGCCUGGCUGCCGCUGGGAAGGGUGACCAGCGUGCACGCCCGGCGGUUAUCGGCGCCUGCGGAGCUGGGCCCGCGUGGUGGCCAGCUGCGGACGGUGCGGCAAAAAUCAACGGUUGUACUGUACUGCGCUUCUACGCUCCCACGUCUAUGCUUCACGCGUUCACCAACCCACACUGCGCAGCGCGGUGAGUGGGCCUCAUCCGCCAUGCGUCACCCUCGGCGCCGGUUCACCCCGGUGCUCGUCAGCGGCGGCGGCGGUGGUGGUGGCAGCUGACGUGUGGCUUCAUUGAUUCUUCAACUGUCCCCCGUCUAAGUUUUUUGAAGCAGCUGGAGGGAGAGGAUAUCCCGAAGGAGCGAGCGCAGGCGGGGAGGGCUGCCGGGAGCACGAUGAACCCGCAGCUCACUCGCCAAUCUGCCUCGCAUUCUGCAGCAGCAGUGGCAGCAGAAGCAGCAGCAUCGCCAUCCCACAUUUAGUCACCCCUGGUUUGGCACAGCCCCCGUGUCUCACAGAGCACUACCUCCGCAUUGACGAGUCUCCGCAGGAGGCGGAGAGCGAGGAAGGUGACCUCCGAUUGAACAGCAGCGGCGUUACCUCCACCGGCACCGGCGCCGUAUCGGCAUUCUCGUCGCGUGACAUUUUGAGUUUGGACAAGCGAGCGGAGGAGAGCGGCAUGGGCUGCACGCUCCACGGGAGAGGUCCGCAUUGAUUGGACGGCAGCCAUCGUCACGCCGCUGCGCUAUCGCGGGUCGUCGUGGUGAGCGAGCCGGCAGCUGCAGCGCGACCGGGUACAGGCCCCACAACACUGAAAGACGACGGCGGCGGCCCUCCGCUCGCCGAGGCGUCUUCACCCAACGGGCAGCGUCGUCCAGGUGUCUUCCUCAUUCAGAACAACCGGUUUAUGUACAUUUUAUGGAUGAUUUGAAGAUGGACAGAAGGAGGUAAGGACAUCAGAAUUAAAACUUAGACCGGGAAUUUGAGCAAACAGAACGAAAAUCUUGACUUAAAGUUUUCGUGACUGCAGGAAUUCAUAUUCUUUGGGUCUUUCCUUUCGGUAAAGUCACGUCGAUAGGUUUGUUAUUUUCUUUGAACCUAUCUCUGUGACUUUACAGACAGAAUGAGACGUUUUUUCUUAAAAUAUAUAUACAGAUUUUGAAGGUGUGCGGUGAGUGGCCGUGGUACGAAUCGUGAGAUUCCCGGGGCGAAGUCGGCGGAGUCGAGGCAUUUGGGCGGCCCGGCCGAAGAGAGGAGAGUGGUUGGCGGGUGGGAGAGAGAGGGAGGAUCGCGAGGCCCCUGUGGAUUCGGUUGCCUUUGAGCAUCUUCAUCAGAAACGGCGACAAAGUUCACCUCGACGCCUUGAAACAGGGGCGGAUAUAGAGGCGGGGGGGUCGCGGACGAGGAGUCCUGAGGAGCCCACGGAACGCCACGCGAGGAGCGGCCGUGACCGACGCGUGCAGCCAUGUCCGGCGAGGAGGAGACCGUGGACCUGAGCUUCCUCACCGAGAUGGAGAAGGAGUCCAUCCUGGGCGUGCUGCAGAGGGACAAGACGCUGAGGGAGAUGGAGGCGCAGAGGGUUCGGCGGCUGCGCCGCGAGCUCGAGCGCCUGCGCGAGAAGGGAGCGGCCCGGGGCCAGGGCCGCGGCCAGCAGGCCCUGGUGGCCGUGCAGUCCGCUGGUGAGGGCGUCCCCGACGGGAGCUGCGCGCGAUGCCUGCAGCCCCUGGGCUGGGCCUGGCUGGCCGGUGGGGACCUGUGCCCCGCGUGCCUGCAGCGCGUGUGCCGCGCGUGCCGGGUGCCCGCCAAGGGGGGGGGCGGCGGUGCGCGCGCGGGAGGCGGCGAGUGGCAGUGCGAGGCGUGCCACCGUGAGGCGGAGAUCCGCACCGCCUCUGGGGAGUGGUUCCGCCAGGCUCGUGCCGAGCGCUUCUCAUGCGCAGCGAGCGAUGGCAGCGACAUCGUCACAGCAUCGCUGAGACGCCGGCAGAAGAAAAAGCGCGAGGCUGCGGGGGACAUCUUCCUGGAGUCGCACGCUCGCGCCCCCCCGGAGCAGCUCCUCGCCAAGCCCAACAACGGCCUUGCGGUCGGCACCCCGACGGCCACCCGCUCUGCCUCCAAGAAGCCCGCCGACAACACCAAGAGCUACGGGCUCAGCAGGAAGCCGUCCAAGUCACGGAACAAGCGGGGAGACGAGGCCACCCACGGCGUGCUGCACCACGACGCUCAUGCCGCCAAGGAGAGAAGCGACCCCAAAGCAGACUCCGUGGGCAAGGCGGCGCCGCCGUUCACUGGCAGCGCCGCGUCCCGCGCCGAACACAGCCCCUCGGCGUAUCCCAGCGACGCGGCGCCCGGCGGCAGGGGCAACGUCAUCGUCGCCACCGCCGCCGCGGGCAUUGCUGCCGCCCCCCCAACCCCUGGCGGGUCGGUGCCGACGGCUGGCUCCCUGCUACCCCCUCCGGACGGCAUCUCGCUGGGGAGCCGAGGUUCCCCGCCGCGCAGGCGCGACGGCACACGCACCGACUCCAAUGGGAACCGCGUGUCCUCCUCAUCUCCAUCGUCCUCUGGGUUUCCGUCGCCCCCCGCCAGUCGUCUGGCGACGACCUCCACGCUGUCGCCGCCUAACAAGUCGCCCGGGCCCAAGAUGGAGGGCCCUGCGCGAGGGAAGGAGACCCCGACGCGAUCCCCGCAGGGGAGCAGGGUGGGUGGGAAGUCGAGCAGCGAGAGCCCUCACCCCCCGUCGGCGUCCGUCUCCUCACCCUCCACCGUGUCAUGGGGCAGCUCUGACGCGCCAGCCGGAGCAUCUCCUGUCCCAGCCUCCCCCGCCCGCUCCAUCCCCAGCAUCGGCACUCCCGAGCACAAGUCUGAUUGUACGGAAGACCCCCCGGUGUCUCCCAACCAGACGCUGAGUAACACCAGCAGCCUGCUCAGCACCACCAACCAGCUCACCCCCGAACGGAUGAAGCGCUUGACCCUCCCCGACCAUGAUGGCGAUUCCGCAAGCCUGUGCAGCAGCAGCAGCCUGUGCAGCGACACGGACGCCCCUCCCAGGAGCAGCGGCGGAGCGGCUCGCGUCUCCGGCGACAUCAACUUCUCGGUGUCGUACGACUACCGCGUGGGCGUUCUCUCGCUCACCCUGCGCCAGUGCCGCAACCUGGCAUACGGGGAAGAGCGCACCAAGCGCUGCGACCCGUACGUCAAGGUGUACCUCCUGCCUGACAAGUCUCGCCAAGGCAAGCGGAAAACCAAGAUCAAGAAGAACACCAUCAACCCUGUGUUCAACGAGACACUGAAGUAUGCGAUCAGCCACACGCAGCUGGAGGUCCGCUGCGUCCACCUCUCCGUGUGGCACCACGACAGUUUCCGCCACAACUCCUUUCUGGGCCAAGCGUCGCUGCCGCUCGACUGCUGCGACCUGGAGCGCGGGGACGACCGCUGGUGUGCGCUGCAGCCCCGGGUGGAGAACAUCACAGAGGCGAGCCCCCAGUACAAAGGCGAGCUCAUCCUCGCGCUCAAGUACAUCGCCCCCGCCGAGCAGCCCGAGCCCGAGUCCCCUCCCGACGGAAAGGGGAAGGGGAAGAGGCGGCCCCUGCCCACGGGGGAGCUGCACAUCAACAUCAAGGGCGCCAAGAACCUGACGGCAGCCAAGGCCGGGCGCACGUCCAACCCCUUCGUCAAAGGAUACCUCCUCCCGGAUGAGCACAAGGUGACGAAGCAGAAGACCCCUGUGGUGCGCAAGACGGUCAACCCGGUGUGGAACCACACGUUCAUCUUCGAGGGGCUGCCCGUGCAGGAGCUGCCCGAGGUCAGCCUGGAACUCACGGUCUGGGACCACGAGUCUCUGUCCAGCAACCACUUCCUGGGUGGUGUGCGGCUGGGCACUGGCACAGGCUUCAGUUACGAGCGAGUGGCGCCGUGGAAUGACGCUCGCGGGGACGAGCAGGCGGCGUUCCUGCGCAUCGCCGAGACGCCGGGAGUGUGGGUCCCCGUGGCGCUCAUGCUCCGUGCCAACAUGGAGGCUCGCGCGUUCUGAGCUCGUGGCCAUCGCCGGAGUGCCACGCCGCAGCCGCCACCGUGAGGGCAGAACGACGCUUCUCCACAACAGGAUCGCAGGAUUUAUUCCUCUCAGACCCAACGUGCGCUGCGUCCUUCCCCUCAUUUUAACGACGACGCUAAAAGUGUGAUUAAAGAAUGACACGCGCCAAACAAAAGUAUGUGGGGGGGGCAUUUAAUUUGGUUAAUAAAGUAGCGUCGAUCAUCUGGGAGUGCAGCAGUUUGGACCUUCGUGAGUGGGUGCACCAUCUACCAGGUGACCUCGAAUAGUGUCGCCACCUUUUGCACAAAACUGACAUGUUUCUGACACAUUUCUCAACACUCGUUCUAUCAGAAACGGUGCAGUAUCCUGUCGUUCAAUUCAACACAAUACCGGUACCAGAUCUCGGUACAAAUCAAAUUGUGCCCCCCGGACAGACACAUGCCAAUUCCUGGUCUGUCUGGAUCAAACCCGGGACAAGUGGAAAACUCACCUCCGCAGGCUUUAGAAUUCCAACGGCACAUUGUGGAGGGAUACAGCCAGCGCAGAGCAGUGAAGCCACACGAGGGUGCUACAACAUCACUCCUUGACGUGUGGCGCCUUCAUUUAUUCCCCACCGCCCCGCGUCACCAGAGCCCUCACCCCAGACACCGCCGCUCGGCUUGCGCGUCCGUAACGCACGAGACGUUUGUAUUUGGGUCGCGUCUCCUUUAAGGUCGCACAGUGCGUGGUCGUUAACGUUCGCACCCUGCUCCUCCUCCGUUUGCGCCGGCAUCAUCAUGCCUCUCGGCGUCACAGCGGCCCCACUGCCUUAUCACCACCACCAGAACGACUGGCCUCACCGCCGCUCACCGCACAUGUCCAGCCCUUUUCUAGUCGAGGGCCUCCCUCUGCCACAUUUGACCAUCUUCACCACACCGGGCAGUAGAGGUCGGCGAAGAUGUGGUGGCACACACGGUGGAACGUAGCACAGUGCUGCACAACCAACCCAAUUGUAUGCACGGCUGUCGCCCGCCCAAGUACCGUCCAGGCUCAAGCCCUGCUUAACUUCCGACGUGGGACAAGAUCGGGUGCAUCCUGGGUGAUUCUGUCAUCGGCUCCUGCCUCGAUAAUCCACACAACAAACGAACAGUGGGAUAAAUAAAAUAGGUGUAAGGUUUUUCCACUGCCGUGAAGCAGGCACAUUUGAUCAAAAGUGAAAUGUGUCGUCAAAUGUACCCUGUAUAUCUAGAACACGUUAAUUUCAUUAAUUAAAAAAAUCCUCAUGAGGUAACAAAGAAUGUUCGUCAGAAACACCGCACUGCUAUUUACAACCAAAAUAUUCGUCCUCGUGGAAAUACGAGUGUUCCCAGUCGGCGCCGUAGUACGGUCGGGUACGGGCACCAACACAAGACAGUGAGAUUUGGUCCCUUGCUCAAUUGACCCCUUCAUAGCACAGAGCCUGGAACCACUCGAAACCCAUGAGCUGGGCCUGCCACCUUUCCACAGAACAAGGCUGGGCAUGUUUCUCAGCCAGCCUAGCUUUAUUAAAGCUGUGCAGUAUUCUGGAACCAUAAAAAAGGUUCAACACGAUCCCGGUACCAGGCCUCAGUACAAAUUCACUCCUUUGCCACCGGGACAAAGAAGCCAAUUCCUGAACUGUCCGGGUGGUGACCCUACCGUGCACCCUGGGUAUCGUUGCACCGGCGUGCACACUCGAUAGUUUACGCCACUCUGAUCUGCUGUACUUUUGUGUUGAUUCACUGCAAUAAGCGGCAGAGAUCCAAUACAACUGUCUUUUGGGGUUCCGCUGGCCAAUUAUUAAAGUCGACAAAUUCGCUUAACGACGCAUGCACGCAUCAAAACGUUCACGCGUCAGCCCUGAAGUGGGUUCACGUGACCCCUGCAGCAAACUCGAGGCGCCACAUUGUUCACGGUGGCAAACAUCGAGGAUUGACUCCUGGAGCGCCGUGAGGAUCCAUCGCAUUAUGGGGAAUGGGGCUGGGGAUCGCGGCACGCCGAGUGAUGAUCUUCCGUUCCCUCCACCCGACCGCCUCCCCCUGCAUAUACUUAUUAUAUUUGCGUGGUAAUUUGCAUGCUUUUGAUUACAGUAUUUAUACGGCUAUUUUAUAGGUAUUCUGCAGUGUGCAGACAUAUGGCAGUGUUACGCUACGAUGGCAGUGUUACGCUAUGAUGGUAGAGUUAUGUGAUGUGAUGAAGCUUGCAACGAAUUAGCAAUGUAUCUAUCUCUGACGUCUCAUGGUAAGCUACCAUAGAGGUGUCGUCAUAAAGAACAACAGAAUGACACGUUUUUAAUAAAG